AUCUGAUUGGCUGUCAAGCAAAUCUCAAUAAAUGUUUACAUAAAAGAGCUGGUGGCAAGUUUAGAGACUCAUCCCGACAGCAACAUAGGAUUGAGGAGGAAGAAUGUUCACGUCUACCGUAGCCUUGCUGGGCCUGAGCCUGGCACUGAUGGCCAGUGCCUUUCCAACGCAGGAGCCGGAAAAUGGUAAAAACUGGGUGGUGAUUGUUGCUGGCUCCAAUGGCUGGUACAACUACAGACAUCAGGCAGAUGCUUGCCAUGCCUACCAGAUAGUCCAUAAGAAUGGAAUCCCCGACGAGCAGAUCGUGGUGAUGAUGUACGACGACCUGGCAGAGAAUGACGAUAAUCCCACAAAGGGGGUGGUGAUCAACAGGCCCAACGGGACCGAUGUGUACAAGGGAGUCCCCAAGGACUACACAGUGGACGCUGUGACACCAGAGAACUUCCUGGCCGUUCUGAAAGGAGACUCUGCUAGUGUCAAGGGCGGUUCUGGCAAAGUGCUGAAGAGCGGUCCCAAUGAUCAUGUGUUUGUGUACUUCACUGAUCACGGUGCACCUGGUAUUCUGGCCUUCCCCGAUGAUGAUCUUCAUGUUGAUGACCUCAUGAGUGCCAUUACCUACAUGCGGGAGAAUAAAAUGUACCAAAAGAUGGUGUUCUACAUUGAGGCCUGCGAGUCUGGAUCGAUGAUGGCCAGCCUGCCUGCUGACAUAGAUGUGUACGCGACCACUGCAGCCAACUCCCAUGAGUCCUCCUACGCCUGCUACUACGAUGAGAAGAGGGAAACCUACCUGGGAGACUGGUACAGCGUCAACUGGAUGGAGGACUCCGACCUGGAGGACCUGACCAAGGAAACCCUCAUGAAGCAGUUUAAGAUUGUGAGGAGCCACACCAACACCAGUCACGUCAUGCAGUUUGGCAACAAGACCUUGGCCCACAUGAAGGUGAUGGCGUUCCAGGGGAACCCCAAGGCUGACUCCAGCCCCGCUCCCGCUAUGACCCUGCAGCCUGUGGCUGACCCAGACCUGACCCCCAGCCCUGACGUCCCUCUCGCCAUCCUCAAGAGGAAAUUCAUGUCCACCAAUGACAUUUAUGCUGCCAAGGGAUACGCCAAGCAGAUUAGCCAACACAUCAAGGUGAGGGAGGUGCUGGCUGAGACCAUGCGGAGGGUGGUGGAGAUGGUGACAGGAGUGCAGGCUCAGGUCCAGAAGGUCCUGGGUGAGCGGAUGGAGUUGACCCAGCACCAGUGCUACAAGGCUGCAGUGCACCACUACAAGACUCGCUGCUUCAACUGGCACGCCACGGAGUAUGAGUACGCCCUCAGACAUCUGUUUGCCCUGGUGAACCUGUGUGAGGCGGGCUACCCAGCAGACAGGAUCCUGAAAGCCAUGGACCAUGUGUGUUACUUCAGGAAGUAGGCAGCGCGUCUGCAUGUGAACACACUGGAGGUUGUCGUCCGUUCGCUGUGUCUGGUCUAUAAGGGGCUGAGAUGAGCUUCCCUCUGCACUGAUGAGGAAUCAAGUUGAUGAUCACAAAGGGUCUUUUUUUUUCACACUGCGAAACCACUUCCUUUUUUUCUUCAAUGCUUUUUUUGCUUUUAUUGAUCUUUUUAAAAGUCUAUUGUUGAUGAUGAUGAUGAUGAUGAUGCACUACGUCGCUGUGAGAGUAUCUGAGUUGAAUGUUCUGUUCUUGAUUUUAAGUCAAAACCUAAGAGAAUAAUGCUGACAGGCAGCUGUGUAAUGCUGACAGGCAGCUGUGUCCAUGGGCUGUGUAGCCCAUUCUCAGAUGAGAAUUCCCAGAACUUGAAAGAUAUCAUUCCCAGAACUUGAAAUGUUGAUAAAAGAUAUUUUCUUCAUGUGU